CUUUAAUGUAGCUUAUAGCUAAAGUGCUUGAAGUGCAUGUGAUGUGUAUCCUUUAGACUCGUCCUCAUGGCUCUGAACAGAAGUGUAGCACCUUUAUGGACGAGUUCAACCUGAAACAGUAAAGGGUUUAUCGGGAGCGCGCAUGUUGCCAGUCUGCGGUUUAUUCUGCGCUCGUUCACGACCUCCAUAAACCCCAGAGCUCCGCAGGGGACAGACCAGCUGACAAGUUCCCAUCAGAAUCCCGAACCCCACCUGCUGCUGCUGGGGCACAUUUGAUCAGGAUGGCGGACGGAGAAAUACUGGGAGCCGGGGAAGAGUUUGAGGAGGGCGGUGGCCUUGCGCUGCGGGACUACCGGCGGCUGACACGGCUCUACUGCAUGAACGGCGGGUAUCACCUCCAGAUCCUCCCCGAUGGGACGGUGCAGGGCGGAAGGAACGAGCAGGACCUUCACGCUGUUUUAAAGCUCAGAUCUGUGGACAGAGGUGUCGUGGUCAUCCAGGGAACAGAAGCGGGGCGAUAUUUGGCCAUGAGCGAUGAAGGGCACUUGUACAGCUCGCCCACAGUGACGGAUGAAUGCUACUUCCUGGAGAAGCUGGAGGAGAACCACUACAACACGUAUAAGUCACAGAAAUAUGAAGACCACACUUGGUACGUAGCCCUGAAGAAAAACGGCAAACCUAAGCCCGGUCCAAGAACCCACAUCGGACAGAAGGCCAUCUUCUUUCUGCCCAGACAGCUGGACGACCCCCGGUACUGAAGGAACCGAACAGACUGAAAACACGAGGCUAAAUCAUCGACUGCACCCGGAACAAAACGUGAUGAAGAGGAGGUGAAGCUGUUGUUUAGCUCUGAUCCAAACAAUCAAGAAAUAUGUAUUUGAUUUCAUUUUGGACAGAAGUCAAAAUGCAGCUUAGUUUCAUUUUCCUUUUUAGUAGAAAUUUAACCAGAUUGUUCACAAAGGUGGGUUAAUGUUUCCAACACUGUUAUUUCAGGCUUUUUAACAGUUUCUGGACAAUGACUGAGUUACUAAGACACUUGAGGUAGAACAGGUGCUUCAAACCCAGCACGAGUUAUUAAUUCAGACUGAAUAUUUUAGAAGGCACAGCCAGAAUGCUGGUGUUGGAUAAGGACGUGUUCUCUAAAUGUGGUUUUAUCUGAACUGUUAGAAGAAAAGGUUUUAUAGAGCGAUGAACAAAGUACACGUCAGAGACAUGUGGUGGAGCGAUCCAGGUGUGGUCGCAUCGUCUUCUUCUUUUGGCUCUUCCCUCUUCAGGGGUCGCCACAGUGAGUCAGCCUCCUCCUCCUCACUACAUCUACCUCCCAUGUCCUCUCUAGCUGCAUCCAUCUAGCUCCGUCUUUUUCCUGGCAGCUGCAGCUCUUCUACCGCUGCACCUCCGGGCCCGCCAUUUAUCAACCGUCUUACUCUUAAAGUGCCUGUGACGUGCCUAUCCUUCAAAUACAAAAAGUCAACGAAAGCAUCUUUAUACCUAAGAAAAUU